AUGACAGACGAGAACCCCAACAACGCUUUUGAGCUUUCCCUAUGGAGCUAUCAUGAUGAAAAUAGCUACGACCUUUUCGACGAGUGGCUUGGCCUGGCUCCUCUCGUAUCCCCUCCACCAUCCCCCAUGACAGCCAAUUCUUCUGAUGAUAUCGAGAGCAUAUAUACCGGACUUCAUAGGUCGGUAGACAAGGUGGUGGCCCAGAUGUCCAUUCGCACUCCAGCCCAGCUUGACCAGAUAAGAGAGCAAAACCGUAAGCUUAUCAAGAAACUCAUUACUCUGGAGAGUGUAAUCACACGAGAUUCGGCAGCUCCUACGGGUGCCGCUGAGUCACAUAGUCGCAGUACAACUUCGAUAUCGGUCGAUGACAGAGUUCGUCGCAAGAGAAGGCGUGUUUUACCAGCUACAGACCCUGAAACUGUAGAUAUAUCAGUAACAUGUACGCCAAAUGUAGCUCGACAUGAAAGCAGCUCAGUUGAGAGUCACUCUCCCGGCAUCGAGGCCUGUCUGGUCGAUGGCGAUUCGAAAUUGGCCAAAAAGUUGCUACAAAUUGGCAAUCAAGAAGCUAGGACACAAGUUGUCGAGUUUGAAGCGCAACUGAGAGCCUCGCAGUACCAGAAGACGCUGCCGAAUAUGUACCAAUUCUCUAGUGUGACACAACUCACCGACAUGUCGUAUUUUAUGCGGCUGGUUGUGGAUCUCGGGAUGGUGAUCGAGAGUAGUAUUUUCGGGGAGCAAAUGUCCCGGAUCCGGAAAAGAAUCGCCUUUGCGCAUUUCUAUCACGCUUACACACUUGCCCAAAACAACCCCUCGGUAUUUCUGACGUGGUGCGACAAUCAAAAGGUGCAGUUCAAAUCGAUGCUGCGGAAAGGUGGGCACAAGUCUGUUGUGCAACAUCGCUUUGCAGAGUUGGUAUUUUCUCGGCCUGACAAUCACGGCGGAGCAUCCUCACCGAGUCCCUCAGACACAAGUGACGACCUGAAAAGAAGAAUGACAAAAAUACAAACAUGGAGAAAAAGUGGCAAGAGAUGGGCGCAGAUCAUUCAACGCUUUGGUUAUGGGAUUCUUUUGCUGCUGCCAUACAGCCUCUCGGACGAGGAGAUGCGAGUUGCCCGAGACAAAAUCAUUGACUAUUGUUUAGACUUGAUCGACUCCCGCAAACAUUUGUUUGUGGAUGUUUUACAGAAAGCUAAUGAUCUUUUAGACAUGCACUUCUUUCCUCAGAAUGCAGAAGUUAACUUGACUAAUGAUAAUAGAGCUGACUGUCUAGACGUAACAGAUUGGGAUGAUCUGUUAAGCUCUCCAGUAUAUAAAGCAAUAUAA